AAACCGAAAAAUCUAUGCUAUCAACUGAAAGCAUUGCUCUCCGAAUUCGAUCUCUUAGUAGAGUUAAGGAUAAUACUCAAAAUCCUUCAGUUUCCUAAAAACGAUUGGCCACUCCUAAUCGAAAAAAAAGAUUAAGCUCAUAUAAACUAUUUUUACAGCAGUAAGUCAAUAGCUUUAUGUAUGACUCAUACUUUAAUUGA